AUGAAUGCCCACUCUUUAUUUCCAGCUUCUCCUCCUCGCCUCUUCCCUCUGCGCUCUAUUUCCAGUGUUUCUCCUUCUGGUACUCACAGAAUCGGAGUCUCCGAUGACAUCGCCGUCGAGUGUCGGAAUCUCUGUUUCUCCGCCAGUACAAGACCGGGGAUAUCUGUCCCUAUUCUACGGGAUUGCUCCUUUCGGAUUCCUUCUGGACAAUUAUGGAUGCUUCUUGGUCCCAAUGGCUGUGGUAAAUCCACCCUUUUGAAGAUUUUAGCCGAUGUAGUGAAUCCAACCAGCGGCACUGUCUUUGUGGAAAAGCCAAAGAACUUUGUAUUUCAGAAUCCUGAUCAUCAGGUAGUGAUGCCUACUGUAGAAGCGGAUGUCGCAUUUGGUCUUGGCAAGUAUCCUGACAUGAGUCAAGAGGAAGUUAAGUCUAGGGUGAUGACAGCCUUGGAUGCAGUUGGUAUGCGUGAUUAUAUGCAGAGACCGAUUCAAACUCUCAGUGGUGGUCAGAAACAAAGAGUCGCCAUUGCUGGUGCUUUAGCUGAAGCUUGCAAAGUGCUUUUGUUGGAUGAGCUCACAACCUUCCUAGAUGAGUCUGACCAGUUGGGUGUGAUCAAAGCUGUGAAAGAUCUAAUAAAUGCAAAGAAAGGAGGAGAUGUGACGGCGUUAUGGGUGACACAUCGGUUAGAGGAGCUCGAGUAUGCGGAUGGAGCUGUGUAUAUGGAGAACGGGAGAGUGGUCAGGCAUGGUGAUGCAGCCACCAUCCUGGAUUUCAUUAAGGCCAAACAAUCUUCUUACAUUGAUCAAAUCGGUUUUUAA